AGCGUUUCCGCCACAUUUUUCCUCUACCGGCUACAGCGUACAUCGUACGCGGAGGGUCAUCGCCGGCCAUUACCAUAAAAUCAAAUAAUCAUCCAUCAAAUAAAACUGAAACUCCACGCAACAAAACUUCACCAUUCCCAAGGAAUACGGCGGGGAUGGUGAUGUGCGUGUUUGGAAAGGCAACCCGCGGGCGGCAUAUAUAAAAAAUAUGAAAGAGAAUGGAAAACGGUACAUGGUCCGGGAAACAUGCGGCUGUGAUCACCCGUGAGUCUAGCCAAUGAGCCCUAAAGCGACAAAAAGACGAAAAAGAAACAUUGCCAAAAAUUUCUGGCUUUGGCGUCCCUACUAGCCGCUUGUAGUAAGAGGGUUGCUGCUUCAUUCACAUAAACUCCACACACACAUGCAAUCACCACCAGCGUGCUUUUCAUACGUGUACAUGCAUAGCUGUAUUUUCCUGUUUCAUUCAUUUGGGUAAACCAUAAAAAAACUUACAUUCUAAUAAAUGACGAUGUCUCUAAUCGUGCGUGUGUGUGUGUGAAAAACUCUCGACGCCGCCAUUCACACUGGCGAGAUAACACUUUGCACUACAUGAUUGUUGAACCAAAAACAACACAGUCAGCUCUAAAACAAAUUAAAGAGGUAUUCGGGACGAUACACACAAAAUCUUUUCCCCUCGGAACCCAACCGUGGAUUGGUAUGCCUGGACAAAAACCCGUCUGCCAACCGGCUGUCGUGGACACAUGCGUUACAUCUUGGAGUGAAACCUCUAAAAUUUUGGUGCCGAAUAUGUUGCGCUGUCUGGCAAAAGGUACAAUUCUCUUUCCCCAUCUCGUGACCGAGGGUGAAAUCGCAUUGCAGUAUCAUCUAUACAUAUAUGGCUGUGUGCCCGCUUCUAUCCUAUCAGCCUGCCGUGUAUCAACACCACAUUCAUUUGCCGUCAAUGCCUUGGCCAAUAGCACAAAAAAGGAGGUUGGAAACAUUUUGAUUGUGAUUGGCAGCCGGGCUGUUGGCACAUUGAUAUGGACGUCUGAGCGUCAAAUCAUCUCUUCAAAAUAAAUUCUGGAAUUCCCAAUAUAAGGGAUUACCUGGCCAAUUCACAGUGUCCAAUAAACUUUAUCUCUUUCCUUAUUUGUAGGAUGCCUUCAGGGCCUUUUCUCCAAAGCCCUAGUGAAAGUUGACUCCACCACGAAAAUAUGCCAGGAUUCCUCCUGAAUUGGAUUGGCCUCUCUCGUCAGUAAUGCUGAGGAGGCCUGGAUGGUUGUAGUGUUCUUGACGGGGGAUUUCCUUUAAGAGGAUAAAAAAAAACAAAAAAGGAACCCACACAACGGUUACAAUCCACAAAGCCACAUCACUGAAAUUCCAUUACUCACGUAUUUGGCAACCGCCCACACAUAAAAAAAAUUGUCACCACAAACCAGACUCUGAAGUCUUUACAAAUAAAUAAAUAAAUAACACGUUUCGAACUUCUUGA